AAAAAUGCCCGCAAUCCCCACUUUCGAUAACCUAACCCUAGAUCCUAAAGGGCCGGUAGGAAAUGCAUGGGGCCUCUUUCCUAGAAACGAUAUCGGAAUGCUCAACCUACUCACGCCAGAAACAGUCCAGCAAGCAGCGAGCGAAGAGAUUCGUACGGGAGUCCGGAUCUCGCUAGAUCUUGCCUUAGACCGACUCAAUCAUCCGAGUUAUGGGCGCAAACCAUUCAGCCAGGAAAUUGUGAAUAAAGCACCGAGGAUUGUGAAUGAUGAUAUCUUGUCGUUCAACACGCAGACAAGUAGCCAGUGGGAUGGAUUUCGGCAUUACGGCCACCAGGAUCUAGGAUGUUACUAUAAGGGGCAUUCGUUGGAGGAAUUACAGAACUCGUCCGUUAUCGGGGUGGAUUCAUGGGCAAACAACGGCGGCAUCAUAGGCCGAGGAAUCCUCAUCGACUACGCAACAUGGGCCAAAAAGAAUUCAAUCCCACUAAUCCCCUUCGAAACAACCAGUAUCCCCCUCUCCCACAUAAAGAGUGUAGUCCAAGAAAGUAACAUCCAAUUCCGACCCGGUGACAUCAUCUUCAUCCGCACGGGCUUCACAGAAGCAUACAACAAGCUUUCCCAGGAGGAAGAAGCGGCGCUAGCCCAACGCCCCCGUCACGAUUUCGCCGGCAUCGAGAACGGUGAAUCUACACUGCGCUGGCUGUGGGAAAACCAGUUUGCGGCAAUUGCAAGUGAUUCACCGAGCUUUGAGCCUUCGCCGGUUAUAAGGGAGGAUUCGCCAGCCGAGACGACUUUGCAUCAGUGGUGUCUUGCGGGGUGGGGGAUGCCCAUUGGGGAGUAUUUCGAUUUGGAGCAACUUGCAGAGCACUGUUGGGUUAAGGGGAGAUGGAGUUUCUUUUUGUCGAGUGUGCCGCUUAAGGUUCCAGGGGGUGUUGCGAGCCCGCCUAAUGCGGUUGCCAUAUUCUGAUACGUCAGGUUAUGGUUUAUCUCUGAUGCUGAGAAUGCUUUGUUUUGCAGAAAAAUGUGAAUUAUGGACAAACUUCGGCCUUGGAAGCAGUAGAUACAAAAAUAGGGAAGAAAGGUGACUAUCGCCACAUCUGCUUAAAUGGCACCGG